AUGUCUGGGGAACACGUAAAGUCACUCCAGUUGGACGAUGAUGAUGUGCCACUACUUCCCCCAUCAAAGGGACUCACAUCAGAGAAGGCGGAAGCACUCCUUCAACAGUAUGGUCGCAACGAACUACCACACAAGAAAACCCCUGGCUGGCUUAUCUUUCUUCGCUGUUUGUGGGGUCCCAUGCCAAUUGCCAUUUGGGUAGCUGUUGUAAUUGAGUUUGCACUGCAGAACUUCCCUGACGGCGGCAUUCUUCUCUUCAUUCAGUUCGCCAACGCCAGUAUUGGCUGGUACGAGACCACAAAGGCCGGGGAUGCGGUGGCGGCGCUGCAGAACUCGCUGAAGCCCAGCGCCACCGUUAUGCGGGAUGGAACGUGGCAGAUCAUUGAUGCGGCGUUAGUCGUGCCGGGGGAUCUCGUCAAACUCGCCGCCGGCUCUGCGGUGCCCGCCGACUGCACCAUUAACGAAGGGAUUAUCGACGUGGAUGAGGCCGCCCUCACCGGUGAGUCGCUCCCCGUGUCGAUGGGACCAGACCACAUGCCGAAGAUGGGAUCCACCGUGGUGCGGGGGGAGGUGGAUGGCACUGUGCAGUUCACAGGGCAGAAGACCUUCUUUGGCAAGACGGCGUUAUUGUUGCAAUCGGUAGAGGCAGACCUUGGUAGUAUUCACUACGUGUUGAUGCGUGUGAUGUUCUCUUUGACAUUGCUUUCUAUGACUCUUUGUAUUAUUUGCUUUGGAUAUCUUAUGGGUCAUUAUAAAUUGGGAUUCCGUGAUUCACUGGAGUUUACCGUCGUCCUACUUGUUGUUUCAAUUCCAAUUGCUAUCGAAAUUGUUGUUACAACAACACUUGCGUUGGGCUCUAAAGAGUUAUCAAAGAAAAAAGUUAUUGUCACACGGUUAUCCGCUAUUGAAAUGAUGGCAGCUGUAAAUAUUCUUUGCUCUGAUAAAACAGGAACACUAACGUUAAACAAAAUGGAAAUACAAAAUGAAUGCCAUGUUUUCAGUAAAGAGUAUAAUCGCGAAAGCGUACUUGUAUUGGCUGCUCUUGCCGCAAAAUGGCGGGAACCCCCACGUGAUGCACUUGAUACAAUGGUAUUAGGUGCUGCUGACUUGGAUGAGUGUGAUAAGUAUACUCAACUUGAAUUUGUUCCAUUUGAUCCCCGAAUUAAACGUACAGAAGCAACCCUACGAGGACCUGAUGGUAUUGUAUUUAAAGUUACCAAAGGAGCACCAAAUGUUGUACUACAGUUAGUACACAAUCGAGAUGCUAUUAAGGCACAAGUGGAAAAAAUUAUUGAGGAUUUAGGUAAACGUGGAAUUCGAUGUCUCACUGUUGCACGAACUAAAGAAGAUCAAGAAUGGCAUAUGGCAGGUAUUUUAACAUUUCUUGAUCCUCCACGUCCUGACACACGUGAGACUAUUCGUCGCAGUAAGGAAUAUGGAGUUGAUGUGAAGAUGGUAACAGGUGAUCAUCAAUUAAUUGCGAAAGAAAUGGCUCGUAUGCUUGAUAUGGAUAUAAAUAUACACACCUCAGAGGGUUUACCCAAAUUCCCGGCCAGUGGAGACCCAAAGGAUAUUCCAAGUACAUUGGGUGAAACUCAUGGUGAUAUGAUAUUAAAAUGUGGUGGAUUUGCUCAAGUAUACCCAGAACACAAAUACCUUAUUGUGGAAGCCCUACGACAACGAGGUUACACUGUUGCUAUGACUGGAGAUGGUGUAAAUGAUGCACCUGCCUUAAAACGAUCUGAUGUGGGUGUUGCUGUAGAUGGUUCUACGGAUGCAGCACGUGCUGCAGCUGAUAUGGUGUUAACUGGACCUGGUCUUAGUGUAGUAGUAGAUGCUAUGCUUAUUGCUCGUGGAGUUUUUCAACGUAUGGUAUCCUUUUUAACAUAUCGUAUUUCCGCUACUUUACAACUUGUGUUCUUUUUCUUCAUUGGUGUUUUCGCCCUUCCAUGCGAAAGAUAUAAUAUUGAUGAUCCACAUUUCCGUUUCUUUCGUAUACCGGUUCUUAUGUUUAUGCUUAUUACAUUACUUAAUGACGGAACAUUAAUGACUAUUGGUUAUGACAACGUUGUACCUAGACAACGUCCUCAACGUUGGAAUCUCCCUGUUAUGUUCAUCAUUUCUUCUGUUCUUGCUGCCGUGGCUUGUCUUUCAUCUUUAUUAUUAUUGUGGAUGGCACUGGACUCACACAAUGAGAAUUCAUGGUUUAAAGGUCUUGGAAUUCCACCCGUUUCACAAGGACAAAUUGUGACGAUGUUGUACUUGAAGGUCUCAGUUUCAGACUUUUUAACACUCUUUUCCUCCCGUACAGGUGCAGAUUGGUUUUGGUCGUUUAGACCAAGUCUCAUUCUGGUGGUUGGCGCUGUUUUUUCACUCAUCAUCUCUACUUGUGUUGCUGCCUUCUGGCCAGAUAACAAAAUGGACAACAUCCCUGUUGUUGGCCUUUCACAUGGUGAUUCCACAGCACAUAAAUUACUGCCUCUGUGGGUUUGGAUCUGGUGUAUUGGUUGGUGGUUUUUGCAAGAUAUCUUUAAGGUAAUUACAUACAAGGUGCUGGAAAGAUUUGAUAUAUUCAAUUACCGUACAAUUGCGGAGGGGAGGUGGACUCCGUCAGCAAAGACGAGAUUCCGCCGUCGCUCUCGGGGAAUGAGUUUGGGUGCAACCGAUAAUGUUGAGCAACCUCUCUUGUAUUAG